AUGAGUAUACUCGCUCAAAAAACCGUGACACUUGUCACUGGAGGCAAUGGCGGCAUUGGUUUCGCACUCGUUGCCGCACUGUUAACUAAUCCAUCCAACCAUGUGCUGCUUGGAAGUCGUUCCAUCGAGAAAGGUCAGAAAGCGAUAGCGGAUCUAGAGUUUCUUAAACCGCUUGGUACCGUGGAGCUUCUACAAGUUGAUGUCUCGAGUGAGGAGUCAAUCAACGCGGCGGCGAAGCAAGUAAAGAGCAAACACGGCAAGCUGGACGCGCUUGUCAACAAUGCCGCCAUCGCUAUUCCUCCUGGUUCACUCGCCGAACAGAUGGCAAUUUGCUUCCAAACAAAUGCCACAGGACCUUUGUUAAUGGUCGAAGCAUUUACUCCCAUGUUGCUAAAAUCCGACCAGACGCCACGCAUCAUCAAUGUCUCUACCGGUCAAGGAUCCAUCACGAAGCGGCUUGACCCCACCGCACCUGGUUAUAAGAUCAAAGGCAUACAGUACCGUGCCAGUAAGACUGCACUCAACAUGGUGACAGCUUCUCAGGUAGCCGAAUUGGGCGAACAGGGCGUCAAGGUCUUCGCCUACGAUCCAGGUUUCACACAAUCGAGCUUGGGACCGCACAACAAAGCGGAGUUCGGGGCGAAGCCUGCGAGUGAAGCUGCAGCACCAAUUAUCAAAGUCUUGAAUGGCGAGAGAGACUCCGAGCAUGCCUGCUUCCUACAUGCCACUGGCCAAUUUCCUUGGUAG